AUGACCAAGAAAGAGCUACAUCUACAGGAUGAGAUAGACGACGAUGAAUCAAACAUCAAUAAGAAUGACAUUGAAAAUAACUAUGAUAUAGAAGAUGAAACCCCCGAUUGGAAAAUAUUAACCAGAUCAUUAGGAAGUGCCAACAAUAGUAAUAAUACCAAUGGAACAUCAGGUAUACCGAAGAGAGGGGAUAAAGAUUUUGAACCUGAUAAUACAGAUAUCCAGACUUCUACUUUACAAGAAAGUAGAGAAGCCAUGUAUGAUGCUAUUAGUGGAGUUCGUGGUCAUCAUCUCAAGCAGAAAUUAUUAUCAAUAUGGAUUGAAGAUGAAGAAGAUGGAGGAUAUUCAAUUAUACCGUUCAUGAAGGGGAAUUAUUUCCGUGAUAUUGGUAAAGCAUAUCCUAAUCGUCGAUAUAAGAAUUGUAUACGGUUGAAUCCUAUAGAGACGGUUUAUUUAGUGGAAAGAGGAUCAAUGAUUAUAUAUCUUGGUGACGAGAAAUUUACAAACUACUUAAAAGAUGAGGAAGAAGGAGAGUUUAACAUUGAAGAGGAAUUGGUCCCUGUUGAUUUGGAAUUAUUAUAUUCCUUAGCAUUUAUAAACGAGAGAUAUACGAUUGAUAAAUAUCAGGUUUAUUCAUAUUUAAAAAGACAUGGAUAUUUAAUACUUGAAGUUGAUCCCAAGAAACAACAACCACCACAAUGGAAAAGAUUAGAACAGUACGAAUCAAGUAAAGGUCAAUCAAGAAGCAUCAUAUCAUGGGGAUGGGAUUGGAAGAAAUGGAUACAAUCAUUUUGGAGACCUUUUCCACCUACUCAUUCCUUACAUUAUUUAACUACUCAUUAUUUCAAAGUUAUUGAUAUUUUCAAAUCAUUAAGAUUAAUUCCUACAUAUCAAAUAUAUGAUAGUUUAAGGAAAACCAUCAACACGACAACAACUACUACUUCUACUACUUUGGACGACUAUAAGAUAUCAUUUAACGUUUGGAAGCCAGGCAGCCAAUUUUCAAAACUGAAUCCAAGUCAAUUACCCGAUUAUCAAAUUGUAGUAGUCAAUACUGAUAAAGUUAAAUUCCCUACUUUAAAGGUUAUACAACGAUUAGUAAAUACCAUAGAAUAUCGAUUCCCCUUUGAACAACCAUCCCAAAUCCCCACACCACCUGUUAUCAAGAAGAACGAUAAGAUGAUUUCAAAACGACAAUUGAAAUAUGAUCAACGACAAAAAUCAAAUCAAUCAAAAUUAAAUACGGCUCAAUUGAAUAAUAUCGAAUAUUUGAAAAAGAGAGAUAAUUUAUUAAAAUAUGGAAAGACUAGUAAACAAUCUAAUCGAAAUGUGGUUAUUGGAGUUAUAAACAAUGGGAUUAUAAAUUUAAUCAAUCUUAUUGAGAAUGAGUUUUCCUUAACGUCUGAAUCCGUGAUUGAUGAAUUGACUCAAUUACAUAAAGAAAAAUCUGAUAUUCAUGGUAUUGUAUAUAAUGGGGAUAAAUAG